AUGACACCCUCAAAAAUUCACGAAAGAGAUAUCGAAAGAGUUUUGUCCUAUGUUCAUCCCUUCAUCAGCCAACACUUCGAUGCGCAAUCCUCUAUAUCAACAAGACGCCCCUUCGUUCUUGGCCUAACCGGCCUCCAAGGAAGCGGCAAGUCUACCUGGACCGAGGCACUUGUGACGACUCUGCAGCGAAUAUUCAAUUAUAACACUAUCAGUCUCUCUCUCGAUGAUCUGUAUCUUGAUCAUGACGAACUUGUCAAGCUUCGCACCAAUAAUCCAUUCAAUCAACUUCUUCAAGCACGAGGACAGCCAGGGACACAUGAUAUAGCCCUCUCACUUGGCUUUUUUGAGAGUUUGAAGAUUUCCACUGGGGAUAUUUUGAUUCCAUCCUUUGAUAAGAGCAUGUUUAAUGGAGAAGGUGGCAGAGCGCCGCAAGAGUCUUGGCGACGUGUUCCUGCAGGCACGAGGGUUGAUGUCGUCAUUUUUGAAGGGUGGUGUAUCGGUUUUCAACCAUUGACAGACGAUUUUGUGCAAGAGCGCUGGGAUAAAGAGUUGGAAACUCGGACGAGGACUAAGUAUCCGACUCGGACAUUGAAGGACCAUGCAAUCGACCAUUUGUUGAAUGUGAACAACAGCCUACGACGAUAUUGUGAGUUGUUCAUGGGCCCACAACACCUUGACUAUCUCAUUCAUCUUGAUACGGAUGAUUUGGUGAAUGUGUACGAGUGGCGUAUCCAACAGGAGCGUGCGCUUUGGCAGGCGAAGAAUCAGGGUAUGACGGAUGAUGAGGUUGUCACCUUCGUCAAGGGCUAUAUGCCUGCGUAUGAGCUGUAUCUUGGUCAAUUGCGAAGCGGCUUCUUCAGGCCCCAUGAAAGUUGCAAGGGAAAAGGACAAUUGAGUGUGAUUCUAGACAAGGAGAGAAUGAUUGUGAAGAUGGCAGAAGUCCCAUGA